AUGAAAGACAAAACAGAGGUAGAACAUAUUUCCCCCUAUUCAUCGAGCCACGAUCACUUAGCCGAUGAUGACCACAAUGACUUGUUCAAUGAGAAACCAGACUUAUCUUGGCCAUCGAUUAGACAUUAUUUUGCCACCAGAAUACCCAACUUGUUAGACUUGCCCUUGUACCGUCAAGAUAGGAAAUGGUAUCAAGUGGUGAACCCAAUCCCCGGUUUGAAGGAGAUGACAGCAUUGAAUUGGAAUUUGUACGGGUUAGGGUUCCUCGCAUGGUCAUUGGACUCUAUGGAUUUCUUUUGUGUUUCGGUAUCGGCUUCUGAAAUUGCUGCCACUUUGAACGUGAGUGUUACCGAUAUCACUUGGGGUGUCACUUUGGUAUUGAUGCUUCGAUCGGUUGGUGCUGUAAUCUUUGGUAUCGCAGCGGACAAGUUUGGAAGGAAGUGGUGUUACAUUACAAUAUGUACUUUGUUUAUUGCUGUUGAAAUUGGUACUGGGCUUGUUCAAACUUAUAAGCAAUUUCUUGGAGUCAGAGCACUAUUUGGAGUUCUAAUGGGGGCAAUGUAUCCGAUAGCUAUGGUCACUGCAAUUGAAGGACAGCCCACUGUGGCGAGAUCUGUAUUGUCAGGGUUGUUUUUGCCUGGUUACUCAUUUGGUUACAUUUUGGCAAUGGUUUUCUAUAGAGCGUUUGCCAACACUUACAAACCAGGUGAAGGUUGGAGGAGCUUGUUUUGGUUCAGUGCCGGAUUGAGUGUGCUAUUGAUUGCUUGGAGGUUUGUGGUUCCCGAAUCCCCCGAUUUCAUCAAGUUGAAAGAAAAGAAAAGGAGAUUUAAUGAGCGGAACAGGGUCAAACAUAAACUUAUUGACACUAGUGUCUUGCAAACACUAAAAACCGAGUGGUUACUAUUCAUCUAUCUCGUGUUCUUGUACAGUGGCUGGAACUUCACCACCCAUGGAUCACAAGAUUUAUACGUCACCAUGCUAACUAAGCAGUUUGGUGUUAGCUUAAACACAAAAACGGUGAUUGUUGUUGUUAGUAAUAUCGGUGGUAUAAUUGGAGGUAUCACGAUGGGGUCCGUUUCAGAAUUAUUUGGACGACGCCUAACAGUCAUCAUUUGUAUGAUAUGGUGUGGAGCUUUUGUCUACCCUUCCUUCUUCAACGCUAAUAGAAACUGGUGGGCUUACGUCUUGUUGAAUGGUGGUGUCAUGGGAGCGUGGGGUAUUUCGUCAGUGUACUUGUUAGAAGUCGUCAACAAGGCCAAUAGGGCAUUGAUUUCUGGGUUAGCUUAUCAGUUGGGUAAUUUAGUCAGUUCUGCAAGUGCCACCAUCGAGGCCCGUUUAGGAGAAAAGUUCCCACUUGAGGGCCAUUCUGGUGGUGAUGACUUGUACGACUAUGGUAAGGUGAUGUGUAUUUUUUGUGGUGCUGUGUUUAGCUACAUGAUUAUUUGUGUUUUGGUUGGACCAGAGAAGUUCCACAAUAACUUGCAUGUGACCGAUGAAGAUGAAGUCCUUGAAGAAGGCAGCAGUCAGGAUGAUUUAAAGUCUGAUAGAAGGAUGUAG